CACUUUCAUAAUAAUUUAUAAAGCGUUUAGCAACACUGUGACGUGACAAAUAGGCGAAAAGUAAAUACCGACUGACCCAUAUGUCAUGGCUCGUGGCAGCAUUCUUAGCAUUACAAGGUUAUAUAUUAUCGCUUGUAAAUACAAUUGUUCCAGAUGACUACAUGGACGAGAUUUUCCAUGGACCGCAAGCGCGGGAGUACUGUCGCGGUGCAUUCACAUCAUGGCACCCUAAGAUCACCACCUUCCCCGGCAUCUAUAUCCUGGGGACGCUCUACGGAUGGGCGCGGUGGGCUGUGCAAGCCCUGGGUUCGGCCUUGCCCAUGGACGCGGCAUGCACCACCCCAUUCCUGCGCUCCCUCAACGUCCUCCUCUCUGCCGCUUGCCUGGUGGUCCUCCGGAACAUCCUGACCACAUACCGCCACGGUGGUGGGGGUGCUGGUGGUGGGGGUGGUGCUGGUGGUGGGGGUGCUGGUGUUCCCGUCAGUCCGGAGCUGCAGGCAUUGCUGCUGGCGCUGUAUCCCCUGCACUGGUUCUUCUCCUUCCUGUACUACACUGACGUGGCGUCUUUACUCUUCCUGCUGAUGGCGCAACUACAG